AUGCCUAACUUCGAAAUCGCCAUCGUUGGCGCCGGAAUCGCCGGCGUCACGCUGGCCAUUGCCCUGCACUACCGCGGCAUCAAUGUCACCAUCUACGAAUCCGCGCGUGCCUUUGGCGAAAUCGGCGCCGGCGUCGCAUUCGGUCCCAAUGCCGUGCAGGCCAUGAGAAUCUGCCACGAGGGCGUGGAACAGGCAUUCCAGAGAGUGCGCACGCGCAACAUAUGGCCAUCCAAGGAGAAAGUUUGGUUCGAUUAUGUCGAUGCAUACGGCCAAGGAGAACCCAAGAUCGAGUUUACCGUUUCCAACGGCAUGGGCCAGAGCGGCGUGCAUCGCGCUAUAUUCCUGGAACAACUCGUCAAACUUCUUCCAGAGGGGAUCGCCAAGUUUAGUAAACGGGUAUCUAGUAUCGAAGAGAAUGGCGCAGACAAAAAGGUCGUGAUUCAUUUCACCGACGGCACCUCCGCCGAGGCCGAUGCCGUGGUUGGCUGUGAUGGAAUCAAGUCCGCUGUAAGACGGCACGUCGUUGGCGAGGAUAGUCCGUCAGCUUGGCCUGGGUAUACAGGCAAAUAUGCCUAUCGGGCGUUGGUUCCAAUGAGCGAUGCCAUUGAAGCCGUUGGCAAAGAAAUCGCCGAAAACGCUUUUAUGCAUAUGGGACCCGACGGACACAUGUUGACUUUCCCUGUCAACCACGGCGCAUUAGUGAACCUGGUGGCAUUCAAAACAUCCUCGGAAGGUUGGGACGAUCCCUUGCGAAUGACCAAGCCUGCUCGUCAAGAAGAUCUCUUGCGCGACUUUGCGGGUUACAAGCCUUAUAUCCAGAAGCUGAUCAAACUUACUAAGCCUGAGAUGGACAUUUGGGCCAUAUACGACCUUGGAGACCACCCAGUGUCCACUUUCUACAAAGGCCGGGUAUGCUUACUCGGCGACGCUGCGCACGCAACUUCGCCUCACCACGGUGCCGGCGGCGGAUUCUGUAUUGAAGACAGUGCCGUCCUAGCCACACUACUACUAGCAGCAGUUGAAACUCGCGCCGACAAGGAAGGGAAAGAUAUCCCAUUCGAAUCUGUUUUUGCUGCAUUCGACGCCUCGCGUCGUGAACGUUCUCAGUGGUUGGUGCAGAGUAGUCGAUUCAUUGGUGAUUGCUACCAGUGGCGUGCCGAGGGUGUGGACAGGGAUUUUGUCCGCAUGGAGGAGGAGAUUAAUCGGCGAGUAGGGAUUGUAUCUACGUUUGAUGUGAUGGAUGCGUGUGAAAAGGCCAAGGAGGAUUUGGCGCGAAGAUUACGUACCUAG